GAAAACACUUCCUGAUGUCUGACCAUUGAGACGAAUUUGACGUGAAGCUGAGCGUUUCUGUUUAUAUCCCUGACAGCUAUGGUUACAUUUCCUCCCCAUCUUUGUAGAAUACGUUGUUCUCAUCAGAGGAGGAACUGAAGAAAUAAGGCUUGUUUCUGUCCAGGUCACUGUUAAGGUAAAAACUAUUUUCCAUUUAGAUAUGUGUUUGUUAAAAGGAGUUGAGUUGCAGCUGCUUGUGUUUUGGAAAGUUUGUCUCUAGGUGAAAGUAUCAAAAGCUAUCAGAGAAGAAAACAAAUCAUAAAUAUGCCAAUUAAGGUCAAAGUGGGGCUCUUAGUUUCAUGCCAUAAUUUUACCCAACUAAAUAUCUGUAGGUAGUUUGAUCUGCAGACUAGCAUCAUUGUACAAGUUAUUUAAAAGCUUUUCAGACUCAUUUUCCUUUGAGGACAGCUGAAAAAAGGGCACAAAUCAAAGAUAUUUGUAAAUCACACAGUAAAACUUAAAUUGGUCGACCACAGUGUCAGAUUAAUGCUACCACUCAUAGGAAGUAAGAAUAUGGAUUUGACAAUGCUUGUUUUUCUUCUUUCUUGUGUUUCAGCUCUAAUUGGAGAUGAAACAGGAGUACCAGGACCUCAUCCUGCAGACCUGCGGAGCCUCGUCCCUGCGUGUUGGUGAAAGCAUCCAGACACUGUGGAGCGGUUAUGGCGAGAUCGUCCGGCUGCACCUGGAGGGCUGUGAUCGACCCUCUGUGGUCGUCAAGCAUGUCAAGUUUCCUGAAGAGGCGGAGCAUCCCCGAGGCUGGAGCACGGACCGCUCUCACGCACGGAAAGUGAGGUCUUAUCAAGUGGAGACACACUGGUACCAGAAUUACUCAGCCAAUCAGAGCUGUCGGAUCCCUGCUUCUUUGGCUGCUUGUUCCCAUGGAGACGAGAUGCUGAUUGUGCUGGAGGACCUGGAUGUGGCGGGUUAUGGUCAGAGAAGGUAGAGUAAAGAACAUUUGACUCACUCUAUUAUAUCACAUGAGUGCGCAAAAUUCCACAUUUCUUUUUCAGUGUUUUUGGUGAAAUUAUAAGAUUAAUUUGAGCACCAGACCUUAGGUACACCAGCUAUAUGUAAGUUCAGACGCAGCCUAGUCUGAUCUUCACUUCUGAUUUAGGAUACAGUUGCAUCAGUUGAGAUAACACCAACAACUCAAACCUUGCACCAAACUUACAGUCUGCAAAACACCAAGUAUCAUUGUCUUUCAGGAUACAGAGAAAAAGAAGAGGCAUGAUAAGAGGAUAUUCAAAUUGUAUUCUGGAUACUAAUCCUCAUUUGUUUUUCUCUAGGACCAGGGUGAACAACAAAGAAAUGAAGGCCUGCCUCAGCUGGCUUGCCCACUUCCACGCUCUCUUUCUCGGUGUGGCCCCAGAGGGUCUCUGGCCUGUCGGUACCUACUGGCACCUGGACACGAGGCCGGAUGAGCUGGAGGCGAUGGAGGAUGCCGAGCUCAAAGCAGCAGCUGGAGACAUUGACAGGAUACUGAACGAAUGCAGCUUUAAAACCAUCGUUCAUGGAGAUGCUAAAUUGGCAAACUUCUGUUUUUCACAGAGCGGACGGGAUGUAGCAGCCGUGGACUUUCAGUAUGUAGGCGGGGGAUGUGGGAUGAAGGAUGUUGUGUAUUUUUUAGGAAGCUGCAUGGAGGAGAAAGAGUGUGAAAAGAAGGUACCAGGCUUAUUGGACUACUAUUUUGCAGAGUUAAAAGUAUCCGUGAGAAAAGAUGUGGACUUCUCUGCGUUAGAGAAAGAGUGGAGGGAGAUGUUUGCAUUUGCUUGGACGGACUUUCAUCGUUUCUUGCUGGGAUGGAUGCCUGGACACUGGAAGAUCAACCGCUACAGCAAACAGCUGACCAAGGAGGUUCUGCACAAACUGAGACUUGGAUCAGAAACCUCGGGGGACUGAGGGUGUAACUGGAAGAUGUUUACUUUGAACUUGGCAACCUUUAUAUUUUAAAAUAAAUCACUUAAAAAAACAACAACCUUGAGUCCUGCUUUCAUCAGCAAAUCAGCUCUGAAUUAGUUUGGCUGAUAUAUGUGACAAAGUGAAGACCACAUUAAACUGUCUACAAAACAAAUGUAUUCAAAACACAUGUAGCAAUAUGACAAUUGUAGAUGCAGAAAAGCUUAUUGUGUUUGUUGUAACACAGACAAGCACAGAAACAGAGAAUGUAUGAAAUAAUAAGUUUAAACUACAGACAGCAUGAAUUCUGUAAGACAAAAAGUAAACAGGGGUUACUGUAAAAAAAAAAAAAAAAAAAAAGGAGUUUUAUAUUGUGUUCCUACCACCCUCACAGAAGAUACAGGCAUUAAGGAUUACAAUAUCCAAUUUGUUGGUUUUAUCGUCAAGUGUUUCAUUUGCUUUUUUUUUUUACAUAAUAAAGACACUCUUAUUUCUCUA